GCAGUACAGGUGUAUUAUAGGAUCCUCUGAGUUAGUAUGCAUCCAAUGCCUUCAGAAGUGUUUUCGCGUUGCGCCCACUCCGCUGUCUUAUAGAAAAAUCAGUUAUUAUUUUUUAUGCAUUUUAUUUUGCUAGUAUGUUUAAUUAACAAUGAACACCAAACAUGGUUAGCGAGUGGUGGGCGCUGAUGGUGUUGAUGUUGUCUGUAGCCUACGGACACGCGCCUUGUCAACAUUCAUACGGCGGGUGUAGAUACAACGAGCCCUUCGUUCCCGCGCCUGUCGGCCAAGUCCCCAGGUGCGUUCAGAAUUAUCACGGUGACGUCACAUUUUGUGAAACCAUCGACAGAUAUCCAGAACAAUUGAUAAGUUACCUGGUUACAAAAUCGGAUAAGAACUUUAAAUCUUUUUUUAACGAAGAAAAACUUGUCGACAGACCUUAUUAUCAAAAUCAGAAUAUAAAUAAUUAUCAUAACGGUUAUGGCAAUUACCAUGAUUAUCAAAACGACACCCAAGAUGAGUUUGUCGGCUAUCCGGAUAGAACGUACGUUUUACCUGAGAUAUCCUUAACAGAGUCUCCAAUCAUAGAUAAAAAUCGACAUCUAACUCCCAAUGUCAAUCAUGGAGGUGUAUAUAACAGAAAAAAAAGACAAGAUGAUGUUCAAUUAUGCCAAGUUAAAACUAACAAUAUAUUUCCUAAAGCAGCAUUAAACAUUCAAGGUGAAUGGAAAUAUGUAGUUAAUAUGGUACGCACACCGUCUGAUAUGUAUACACAAUCCAUAAGGUCGGAAAUAUGCGCAGAGCCAGAUCAGCCGUGCAAUGGAAUCUGCGAUACACCUCUUGGGUUCAGUACAUCGUGUAAACAGAAAUUUGUUCAAAAACGGUUGGUAGCAUUGCAAGGGACCGGAGAUAAUUUGUACGUGGACGUUUUUUGGUUUCCACAUUGCUGCUCUUGUAACAUAGCCAGGGUUGAACAAUAGAAAACACCUCAAAAAAAUAAAUAUGAUUUCCUUUACUGCAUUAAUAGGUACUUAAUAUGUAUAAUAUAAUAUAAUAUGAUAUAAAAUAGUAUACAAUAGUUUUGCUGUGUCAACAGCCAAUAUUUUAUUAUGAUAGGUAUAUGUUGUAUUAUGAAUAAUGCUAUUUAAUAGUAGUCACGGAAUAUUCAAAUGAUUAAUAUUUACUCAUAGUUAUUUCAACCGUAAUUAAACAUGUUACGUAUUAUUUACGGCUUAUAUUUUAUUUUGUAAACAGAUAUUUUUAAUGCUUCAUUUAUAAUUUAGAAUAUUUAAUAUGAUAUUGUAAACAUUUUAUUUUUAAUGGAUAAAUUGUUUUAGUACUUUUAGUUAUUGACGAGAAUGAAAAAAUUAUGUUUCACAUAAACACAAAAAUAAUAUAGGUAUCUAUAAUUAAUAAUAAUUAUCAUAAGUUAAUAGUUAUAAAAAGUUCACAUUUUAUAAUCUGUUCGUCUUGUUAUUUAUAAGAUGGAAAAAAAGAAUACUUUAUUUAAUUAAACACAAAUAUAUUUUUAUUAUUUUA